UAAUCAACACCAAACUGUUUUUGCAAAUCAUACACAAAUCAUUGGAGUGAACUGCUUUCAUUCCAAGCAGACAUUUCAGUAAGGUCAUUCGCACAAUUACUGUGCUUGUUUGCAUUCCAGCUCAAUUUCACUGAAACUCGUGCACAGCACCAACCCACACAGGUUGACCACAACAUUGCAAUAAAUCCUGGUUCAUCCGGUUUUAGCAAAUUUAGAAAUUAUAUAUAAAUUCUAGCGUUAUAAAUGAUCUGUUUUAAGGUUUUUAUUGUCUGUUUAAUAUUGAAUAAUGAAGUCCCUCAAGGCUCUGUCCUCAGUACGUUAUUAAUUUUACAAUUGGUGACACAGAGUUUUAAUUUAUCACAAAUGUCUGCAUUUUUUUUCUUUUGACAAUGCGUUAUACUGUAGCUGCCAUCUGAUCAAUGUUUUGAAGUGUCUUUCUGACCUGUUUCCAUUAACCUCCUAAAAUAUCCAAACACGGUGUUGUUGUUGACCUUUGGCAACACCCCCACCCCGCUUAUUAAGCUCCUUGCUUUCCUUCUAACAAUGGCCUGUCCUGUCCCGUCCCUCCUCCAGGGGUGGAAAAGCCGUCACCGCCGAAAAGUUUCGAAGACAGAUAUCAGUGAGAACAAUGGUCAAGGAUAAGGCAGGCAUCCAAACGCAAGGCAUCCCUUCGUCAUUACUGUUAAUAAUUACAGCCGACAGUCGCAACUGCUGCAUACUUUAUUGAUGGCUGAACAGCGGGACAUCGCAGUUGCGCUCCAAAUGCUGGAGGAGGCGGAAAGGCCAGUGGAAAGUUGGAAUUGGUAGCACUAUCAGAAGCAGCAGCAGGUCCUCGGACGGACCGCAGGUUCUCGGGAUGCAAGCAACGGGCGACCAGUACCUGGUGGCGCGCUCCCUGUACUCGGAGGAGUCGUUUGCCGAAGAGCACAAGAAGGUCUACAGGCACCGCAAGACCGCGCUAGACCACGUCAAGCAGUACUUCACGUGUGAUACCAGACGUGCCAAAAAUGCCGUUUUGUCUCUGCUUCCCGUCAUCGGCUGGAUUAAGAUCUACAGGAUUAAAGAGUGGUUGCUGAGUGAUAUUGUGUCGGGAGUCAGUACUGGACUUGUUGCCGUACUACAAGGUUUGGCCUACUGUCUCCUGGCGUCCCUUCCACCCUGGUACGGGCUCUUUUCUGCUUUCUUCCCAGUUGUCAUCUAUUUUUUCCUCGGAACCUCCAGACACAUCUCAGUGGGUCCAUUCCCGGUGUUGUGUCUGAUGAUGGGCUCGGUGGUCACCAGGCUGGUACCGGACGAAGGCCCAUUAGUUAACAUUACGGGUUUUGAAGGUCUCACCAUGAAUGAGCAGCGAGUUCUGGUGGCCUCCUCUGUGACCUUCCUUGUGGGAAUCAUGCAGUUGGCGAUGGGCGUCCUGCAAGUGGGUUUUGUGGUGAUGUACCUGUCCGACACUCUGGUCUCCGGCUUCACCACAGCGGCCGCCAUUCACAUCCUGGUGUCCCAGCUGAAGUUUGUGCUGGGCCUGCAAGUCCCUGGAAUGAGUGGUCCGCUCUCCAUUAUUUACACUUUGGAGGUCAUCUUCUCCAAGAUCGAGUCCACCAACGUUUGCGACGUGGUUAUCUCCUUGGUGAUCAUGGUGGUGGUGUUCAUUGUGAAGGAGCUGAAUGACCGAUUCAAAGCCAAGUUGCCUGUUCCCAUCCCCAUCGAGGUUAUCAUGACUGUCAUCGCUUGUGGUGUUUCUUACGCGUUCGACUUCAGGACCAAGUAUAAAAUUGACGUUGUGGGUCAUAUUCCAAAAGGGUACGAGCCUCCGAUGGCCCCAAACCUGCACAUCUUCCAAGAGACGGCCGUGGAAGCCUUCCCGAUGGCCAUCGUAGGUUUUGCUGUGGCCUUCUCUGUGGCUAAAGUCUAUUCAGUGAAGCACGACUACACCAUCGAUGGAAACCAGGAGCUGAUUGCUUUUGGGGUCAGCAACAUUUUUGGCGCGUCCUUCAAAUCAUUUGCAGCUAGUACAGCUCUGUCUCGAAGUGCAGUGCAAGAAAGUACUGGUGGAAAAACACAGAUCGCCGGUUUGCUCUCAGCCAUCAUCGUGAUGAUCGUCACCUUAGCCAUCGGAUUUCUCCUGGACCCACUGCCAAAGUCCGUGCUGGGCGCGGUGGUCAUCGUAAACCUGAAAGGAAUGCUGAUGCAGUUUCGAGAGGUCCCGUAUUUGUGGAGGCGGGACAAGUCGGACUGUAUUGUAUGGCUGGGCACGUGUAUUGCGGCCAUUUUACUUGGAUUGGAUCUUGGUCUGGCCGCAGGUCUCGGUGUGGAACUACUUAGUGUCGUCCUCAGAGCUCAGUUCCCCCGCUGCAGCGUGCUAGCCAACAUUUACGGCACCGAUCUCUACAAAGACCGAAAGGACUAUGUUGAUAUAUACGAGCCAGAAGGAGUGAAAAUCUUCCGUAUCCCGUCGCCGAUCUUCUUCGCCAAUAUCGAGUUUUUCAGAAGCAAACUGGUGGAAGCUGUUGGAUUCAAUCCACUGAGAGUCCUCAGGAAGCGAAAUAAAGCACUGCACUUGAUCCGGAAACUUCUUAAGAAAGGUUAUCUCCAGUGGACAUCGAACGGCUUCCUGAACACCUCAUGCGGCCCCAUCAACGAGUCGGUUGAGUUUGAAAGCAACACGGAGGAACUGGACCUGCCUGCCAACUUCAAGGACCUGCCCGCCCGCGUGGACUGGAACGCCGAGCUUCCCGCUAACAUUGUUGUCCCUCGCGUGGACCUGCACAGUCUGGUGCUGGACUUUGCGGCCGUCUCCUUCCUGGACAUCUCCGCUCUUAAGGGUCUCAAAGCGGCUCUCAAAGAAUUUAUCCGCGUUGAAGUGGACGUCUACAUUGUCGCUUGUGAUCCGUACAUCCUGGAUAAAUUGCACCAGUGCAGCUUCUUUGAUGACGAAGUGCAGCCGUCCAUAUUCUUCCUGACGCUGCACGACGCCGUGCUGCACAUCCUGAACAAACAUCCCGAGUGCUCCCAAAACAAAUCCCGCUACGACAAGAUUCCAACAAUGGUGACGGUCCACCAUCCUGCGGGGAGUCUCAGGAACAGAGAUAAGAAUGCAGCAGAUCCAGAAACCAAGUUCUAACUUCUGCGUGAUUCCCUUUUUUUUAUUGUUAUUAAAUCUCCAACACCGAAGGGAAAGUUAGUUUUAAUUUCCAGAUCAGCUAUUUAGAGCACAGCGCACUUAUACCGCAUGUAAUGCUUUUGCCUUGACUCGACAAUCUGUAUGUAAGCCUUUGAAAUGUACGCAAAGUGCUAAUUUGGUGUGUUUGUACUUUGCAUAGCAAUUUGUGGAUGUGUUGAAAUUGAUUUUUAUAUACUUUAUAGUUGUGUAUUUUCAGGAUGAUGAGAACAAAUUACGUUUUGGGAACCUCUUGUUUUGAAACAUUUGAUACUUGAAUAAAUGUGUGACAAAAAAAUGUUUUUAAAAGAUGAA